AUGGUAGCAAGUUCUAAUACAAUGGAUAUGAAAGACAAAACUAAAAAGAAUGCAGCUGAUUUUUACGAUGGUGCAAUCGCAGUAGUAACUCUUGAUAAGAAUAAUAAUAUCGUUAAGAGUACAGGUGAGGCAAUUAAUAUGAUGGGCGGUAAAAAGAUUGAAGAAAUGGCCAAGAAUGAAAAGUUUAGGAACUAUAGACAGAAGUCAGCAGAUGAAUUAGGUUCGUUUGGCAUUCAAAUGUGGAAUAAUACAAAAGUUAUAUCCCAUAUCUUCAAAAAACCAGAUGGUACAAGCGAUGUAGUGUACACAAAGGCAAAGAAUGUUGAGCAUGGAACAGAAAAGGAAAAAUUUAACGAUACUCAUCAUGACAAAGAUCCAGAUAUUGCAAAGUGA